GUCAUGUGAUAUGUCAUGUGACUUUUCUCUUUGUCACGUGUAUAAAAAUCACAUGACAGAACUAACAAAAUUUUCUGCGAUAUAAGGACACCAAUUAAACGUGUUCUACCUCAUAUUCCAAACAGAUAUUGUCUCAUUUUUAAUUUAUUCAGUUAAUUUUUGUUUUUCGUCAUGUCUUUUCUUAAUAUUGGAUUUGGACUUUUUUCGUUUUUUUGCUGCUUGGUAGUAAAUGUAAAGGCAGAUACUCCAGCAAAUUGUACUUAUGAGGACGUUGCUGGGCAAUGGAUCUUCGAUGUUGGACCAGGAAAUAAUGAUCGGACUAUUGACUGUUCCAAAUUCUCAUCAGGCAAGCAUUCUUCGUCUAACUUGAGUGUGAUAAAUUAAGCUAAAUUAUUUCUUAGCGCAAAUCGUUUUCUUAAUAAAAUGAGGACAGAAUCUGAUCUUAGUAUUAGUAGUAGUACUAGUCUGGACUAGUCUACACAAUCAUGUCAAUAAUUAUAAUUUGGCGGAACUGUACCGGGUAGUAGUAUUAAAUUAAUUAAGUAUAUUCAAUAAAUUAUACUUACUGUAAAACUCAGUUGCACAUCUCAGAAAAUGCAUCAUGACUAUGUCAAUAUUCAUGAAAUUGAAAGAAUUGAAAUGCCAUGCCAUGAUUCAUGAUCAAUUUAUUCAUCAUCUUUUGGCAAUAUCCAUUCAACACUAACACUGGCAACAGUUUUAAAAAUAGUAAAAUCAAUAUUCAAGGUGGAGUACAUUUUUAAAUAUUAAGUUAAUGAUAGCAUGGAAACCAGUUUGCUCAAUGGUUUACUAAUUGAUUUGAAAUAAAAAAUGAUAAGUGAAGACAAUUUUUACUCUCCUAUGCCUGUUAGUAUUAGAGCAAUAAAUAGACUCCUAUAUUGUGUAGGCCUACCAAGGUUUUGCAAACUUGACCCAGUGUCCCAGCUGGUAUGGUAGUUUGGUAUUCACUACAGUUUUCAAAUUUAUUUCAGUGGCUAUUUAAAAAAACUAUAAUUUGUCCUGUCUUAUGACCAGGUUAGAUAAUAGCCUAUAUAAUAUCAAAUUUUGCCUCUUCUUAGUCAUAGCUAGGCUACACUAUUGGAUGUGUAAAAGUGUGACAGUUUAAAUUUGAUAAAAAAUCUUUGGUGCUAUAUGAUAUGGCAAUGAUAUGCCUUAUUACUGUAUGAUUUAACUGGGUCUAGCUCAUCAUUUGUGGGAGAUUUACUUGUAUGUUUUUGAACUGUGGAUAUGCCGGGGAGUUUCUUAUCCAUGGCCACAAUCUAUACAGAGUGGUUAUUCAUAGUCUGCUGGGAAUAACAUUGAGCUUGAGGCAGUACAGCUAUCAUAACAAAAUCUGUUAAAAUUAAAACAAAUUAUAGAUUCAAUACAGCCCAUAUUUCUGGUACAUUCUUUUUUUAAAAUUGCUAGCAGAAGUAAACCAUUUAUCAGCUGGAAAUAGCACUGAAUGUUAUAAGUUAUAACAGUUAUACACAGUCUGUUGUGUAUAAAGCCUCUCUAAUUUAUAAGUAGGCCUAAUCAAUUAUUAUGAAAAUAUAACAAAUUGCCUAAAAAAACUAUUUGAUUUAUCAAUUAUUAACUAAAUUUAAUCUUGGGCAUAAGACAAUUAAAAUUAGGCCCUUGGGCUAGGUCUAAAAUGCUAAAUUUAGGCCUUGGCCUAAUAAUUGUAAUACAUAAUUUUUAGGUUUGAAACCGCGACCUAAAGACAUGGGAGUAGGUUUCUACUGUACUACAGCACUGUGUCAAUAAAACCAAAUAAGAACUUGUUUUUCUUUAAGUUACUUAAAGCUAAAACUAAAAGACUGCUUCACUUAAAAAAUGAGUAUUAAAACUAGUGGUUGAGGUGAGGAUACUAAUAAGCAUAAGUCAUUAGUUUUUGAAAACAAGUUGUGUUCAUAUUGUUUAAGGAACCAGGUGUAAGUUUCAUUACUGUGAUACUCUUUCCUAGGAGAUAAUCCUACCAACAAUUUUUCUCCCACUUACCACUAACAUUUACUGAAAAGCAACAAUUUCCAUGGGACUGUAUUUACUGUAUACUAAUGAAUAGUAGCCUAUACUAUAUUAAUAUAGUUUAGGGUUGAAAUGGCUAGAAAGACUUUGCCAUUGUAUGCUUGUAAUUAGUUUUUAUAGUGUUGCGUUUGUUUUAAGUGUGGUGAAUUAUAAAUUUGUUUUUUGUUGACUUUGUACCGCGCUUCGAGCCUUUGGGGAUGAAGCGUGUUUUUGAAAUGAACUUUAUUAUUAUUAUUUAUUAUUAAUAUUCUUUAUAUAUUAAUAACAUUAAUUCAAUAUCUUCCAUUUUUUUGUAGUAUAGUUUAUGAAGAUUCAAAAUAGUGAUUUUAAACAUACGUAGGCCCUAUAGUAAUAAUAUAGAUAAUGCUGGUGACUAUAACCCAGUUUCUGUUGUUUUCUUUUAAAAUUAAAAUUUUUGUUUUGUUUUCAAACCAUUACUGAUUACUUUAAAGAAACAUAUCAGUAAGAAACUAUAUAAAUAACUACAAAAUUAACUUAAGACUUAAGUCCGACUUUCAAUGGAAUUUUACUUAUCUUUUCUGAUGUAACUAAAUGGUAAUCUUAAUAUAUUUUAUUUCUUGAACAGGUCAAAAUAAAAUUAAAAUUAGGCUUAUCUAUCCGGAUGUUGCUAUUGAUCAAUUCAACAACAAAGGUUUCUGGACUUUGAUAUAUAAUCAGGUAUGUUUAAUGGUUCUAAAUUAAAUAUUAGGUGGGACAAACUUAACAUGCCCUUUAUUAUUACAAAACAUUUCAUUGACAAUCACAAUGAAUCAAAGAUUAUUCAUUAUAAAUAUUAAAUAAGUAAAAUUAAUUUAAGGGAACAAACAUAUUGUGUCUCAAAAGUGAAUAAUGAUGAACUAACUUUAAAUUUUUUAUCAUUUCAUUUUUGAAGUAUUUGCAUUUUUUUAUUAGCCAGAGACAGACAGCUUCAAAUAAACAAUCAUAAAUGUUUCAAUUGACACUCCAGUCUUUGCCUGAUAAGAGUCACAGUGAGCAGAUAAGGAAAUACAUUAACUGUCAUAAUAUGACUAAUGAUUCCAAUUUUUCAUCAUAUAUCAGUUGCAUCGUCAUGUAUACAUGUUUAAAUAAGUGAUUUUCAAACUAAUCAAACGGACAAAGUUUGUAUUCAGCUACAUCAGAGGAUAAUAUGUGACAAAUUGGCUCAGGAUUUAUUGCCUUUAAUAUUUUUGUUGCAUUUUCAUAUAUUUUCCCCAAUAACAUGAAAUUUAAUAUUUCAUAAAUUAUUAUGAUUGUGCUCUAGUUUUUUACAUAUUCAAUGCACUUUUUUCCAGGGUUUUGAAGUUGUUGUAGCUGGACGCAAGUACUUUGGAUUUUCAUACUUUGAAGGCAACGUCAGUUUCUGUGAUACAAUUAAAGGUGGCUGGUCACAUGAUGUUCUUGGCCGUGACUGGGCAUGCUACAAUGGGAAGAAAUCUCAGAAUGCUAGAAAAGUUUUGAAUCUGCGUCAUCAGGACUCAAGUCUCAGAUAUGGUCAUGGGUGAGGCUAUAGGACACUAGUAACUUUUAUAUCAUUAGCCAAAUUAUUAUAAUCUUCAAAUUCACAGUUGAGUCCUUCAUUAUAUUUGUACGCCCUUCCAGUCGCUCUCAGAAACAGCCAGACACUGGAGUCCUUUAAAACCAAUUUAAAAACAAAUCUAUUUCGCAAACACCUUAUGGGGUGAUGCUAUCUACCAUCUUUUUCAGUUAAUGUAUAUUGGCUUGUGUUGCUUAUGGUUGAAACGGGAUGAAAGACUUUGACUUCGUGUGCUCGUAUGUAGUUUUAUAUUGUUGCGUCUGUUUUUAAAUGUGGUAAAUUUUAGAUUGUUUUUAUUUAUCUUUUUAAUAUGGUUGACUUUGUACAGCGCUUGGAGCUUUUGGGGAUGAAACAUGUUUUUCAAAUAAACUUUAUUAUUAUUAUUAUUAUAUUGAACCUUUGCUGAUCCAAAUUUAAACAAUCUGACCAAAGUCACAAUCUUUAAAUUAAAUGUAUUAUCAAAAGCCAAUUUUCAGAACACUGUUCAUUGCCACAAUCGAAAAUGUUUUAAGCCUGCAAUCCCAUUAUGUAAAGUUAAUUGAAAUUAAGUCCCAAAUAAUUUUUUCAAUCAGGUACAUGAUGCACAAAAUAUUGUUAUCAGGCUGUUUAGAAUUAUCACUCAUUAUUAAUCAUAUGGCUCUCCAACGAUCCAGUUUAGGUCAGAUAAUGAAGACUCAUACUGUAGCUCCUUCAAUAAAAAUGGCUUGGUUUUGGUUAAAAUCUCUCAUCCUCUUUGUCGGGGGUACAGUUAUGAGAUAGUUCAUCCCUUCUUUGCUAAGUGUAUAAAUAAAAAACAAUUCUGGUUUUGGCUCUAUUUCAAUCUUUCCCAGCAAUUGUUAAUAUUUCCGUGACACAUGUCUAAUGCAGACUCCUUUUUUCAAGUACCAGGAAAGUGGCUUGUUCAUAACCUAUUUAAAGUUUGCAUGAAGUGACUGUUUAACAUUAUUCCAGAUAAUUGUAAUUUUAAAAAAUCUUUCAAUAAAAAAUUUCCCUACAAGAAUACAUUGUAGUCACAGUGUUUUCAAAAAUAGCCUAAAAUAAGAAGCAUGUUCUAAACUUAAGCACUGGAAGCAGUGGCAUCACUAGGGUUUGGUGAUACCCAGUGGGAUAAACUCUAUUGUGUCACCCCCUUCAGACUUCUCCAUGGACAAUAUCUGCCAGUCUGAAAGCAGCCUACUGUCCGGUGACACCCUGCUCUAGUGACAUCCUACUGUAAGGAGAUGCCAUGUUAUGAUGGCACAGUGCUCUUCUAAUGACUAUGCUUGGUUAUGAUACCACCUCAAGUAAAUUCUGUUAAAUUUGCAUUUUUUCUUGUUGACCCCUUGUGACCGGAUUAACCAGUUGUGGUCUUCACCCAUCGUAGCCCUAAGCGAUGCCACUUAUUUCAGCUCUUUCAAAUUUGCAUUUUUCUAUUCCACAUCCUUGCACGUCCCAAGUGAUGCUACUGUUGGCUUAAUCAUGUUACAUUAUAACAUUUUUUUUUGUACUUAAAAAUAAUAUCUACGGACUUUGCUCACUUUAAAAAACGUUCUUAUCAGUUUGCUGAGGUUUUUUUUUUAUGAGUAGAAUUGAAAUGGAAUUUACAAAACAGAUUUCAGGUCAAUAGAUGAUUGUUACCAGAACUCAUUGUAUGGAAAGGUUUAUUAAAAUGUAUUGCUUGGUUAAUAUACUGAUGCUGAACAAAUAUUUUAUUACAGUCUGAAUUCAAAUGCUCUUGUGUGGGCCAUCAACAAUGCACAGACAUCUUGGAAGGCGACUACAUAUAAUCAGUUUGAAGGUUUUACCAUUGAUGAUUACAUUAACUUAGCAGGAGGAAAGGGCUCUCGACUUCACAGGUAUUAAAUGAAAUUCCCACGCAUAAAUUUUGUGGGUGUUAGGCCUUAUUAAAAAUAACUUGAUAAAUUGGUUAACCAUGAAAGACCAAUAAACUAAGUCCUGAUCAUCAGUGUUUUUUUUCCUUUAGUUAUUAGUUAUUCCACUGAACUGUCUUUUAUAUAUAUUCAAUAUUGCCAAUGACCCAUCUGAGUUCAAUGAUAACUUCUAAUAGGGGGGAAAAUAAAAUUGUAGGUGUAAGAGUUAUUUAUGAAGAACUGGGAAUGAUAUCCAUCUACAGCAGCUGAAAGUCCAAGCAUGGAAAAGAAAGGCAUUAGUUAGGUCUGAGUGGAAGGAAGUAGUGAGGCAGGCCAAAGCCCUACAUGGGCUGUAGCGCUACAGGAAUGGAUGGAUGGAUGGGAAUGAUGUCCUCAUGGAUAAAUAGGCUCACUUGCUGUCCACUUUCACCAUAGGGAUACAUAGUCUUACUGUCUCUGCUCAGGGAUAAACAGGCUCUCUGUGAACUAACAAAAACCACACAGCUGUGAUAUGGUCAUAAAAAAAGCUAAUGGUGGGAUGUAAAUGCAUAGUUUGUCAUGUAAAUAAGAAUCAAAUUAGAAUUAAGGUAAAUUAGAAGUAUCUUGACACAAUUGAAGGUCAUUCUUUACUCAAAACUUUCCAUUCAUCAACCAGCCGGCCCAAGCCAGCCCCUAUCACCGAUGAGCAGAGGAAGCUCAUGUCCGUGUUCCCUGAAAGCUUUGACUGGAGGAAUGUGGACAACGUCAACUAUGUGUCACCCAUCAGAAACCAAGGUCACUGGAAUUUAAUUAACUAAUUAUACGAGUAUUGGACUGUGAUAAAUCUUUCAAGUGGAUUUAUUAAACACGAACAAUUUGUGUAAAUAAAACAGUGUAGGUUCAGCUUUAAUAAUGAUCAUACAGAAUACGAAUGUGUCUCAUUCAAAUUUACUUUAAGUAUAAGGUUUGUAUUCUGUUCAUGAACUGCUUGUUUUGUAAAAUUCAAUUUUCCACCAAAUUUUCAGGCAACUGUGGAAGCUGCUAUGCAUUUGGAUCACUGGGUAUGGAUGAGGCCAGAGUUCGUAUAGCAACCAACAACACACAGCAGCCUGUGUUUUCUACUCAAGACAUUGUGGAGUGCAGUCCAUACUCUCAGGGUAAUUUAGAAUACAUGCUGUUGAAGCUACUUUCCAUGGACUAUGAUUGUAAAACUUUGUUCUGAUCUCUAGAACAAAAAAUAUUUUGGUCACCCAAUCUUUCAGGCUUUGUUUCAUUUCCACAUUUUUUCUUCUAAAUUCUUUAUAAAAAAUUUAAUCACAAUGUUUAAAAAAAAUCAUUUAAAACACUUGCAUCUUGUUACGAUUAAACCAUUUAAGACACUUGUAUCCUGGCCCAAUUGAACUAAAUAAAACUUUGAACUACUUUACAUCUCAUCCUAUAGACAUCUUAAUCUUAUGAACAAACACUCAAUUUGAUCUUUGGAUACCUUAAGAUAACUCUGCUGGUUUACCACAGGUUGCAGUGGUGGCUUCCCCUACCUUAUAAGUGGCAAGUAUGCUGAGGACUAUGGUCUGGUCCUUGAGGGCUGCAACCCGUACAAAGGUGUUGAUGGAAAAUGCCAGACUGACCCCAAGUGUCCCCGCCACUAUUUCACCAACUACAAAUAUGUCGGAGGGUACUAUGGAGCGUAAGUUUGACUUUACUUUAAUAUCCGGGUUUUCCCACUAAUUUUAAGGCAUUUUUAAUACUCGAAAUAAAAUUGGUGGUACUUUAUAUUUAUGUUUACUUAACAAUCAGCAUUUUUAAAGUUUUUCAAGGUGUCAGAAUUGUUAAAUAAAUCUAUAGCUUGUCUUAUGACAAAAAAACUUUAAAAUGGCUGAAUAUCUCACAGAAGUAAUUAUUAAACUUGCUGUCACACUUCAGCUCGAGUGUUUGACCAGGGAUACCUGAACAAAAUUCCACCUUAUUUCUCACUAAAAUGUUGUCAGGAAAUAUUUGAUGAAAUAUCUUGACCAAACUAGAUUUAUCUUGUAUGUGAUUUUGACAUAAAAAAACAAAAGAAAAAUGAAAUAACAAGGCAUUAAAAGUAUUAAAUAUGGCCUUUUUUUCCCUCACCUUUAAACUCUGAAUUUCUCUGAAUGCAAAUGAUAGAAUAGUGUACAUGACUUUUUUCAAGUCACAUUGGCACGUCAUUCCAUACUGUUCAUUCCAAUCAUUGAUAGCCUUCAAAUUUCAAAUAAAACCAGGCUUUUAUCUGAGCUUUGCUUAGUUUGUACCUUUUUUUUUUUUUUUUUCACAGUAAAAUUAGUAACAGUAACUAAGUUAGGCUUAUUACCAAAUGAAACUAGUCCAAAUUUUACCCCCCCCCUCCCACUUUUUUCUUAGUUUUUCUUAUUUUUUACUUUUUUUUUUUUUUUUGCACAGUAAAAUUAGUAACAGUAACUAAGUUAGGCUUAUUACCAAAUGAAACUAGUCCAAAUUUUACCCCCCCCCUCCCUCUCGCAGCUGUAACGAGUUUUUGAUGAUGGAAGCUAUCUACAACCGUGGUCCCAUAGCAGUGAGCUUUGAAGUUUACAACGACUUUAUGAGCUACUCAUCGGGAGUUUAUCAUCACACAGGAGUCAAAGGCCUGGAUGAUCGCUUUAACCCAUUUGAAAUCACCAACCAUGUCGUGGUUGUUGUUGGUUGGGGUGUGGACGCUAGAAGCGGGGAAAAGUACUGGAUUGUAAAAAACAGCUGGGGGAAUGCUUGGGGUCUGGAAGGGUUUUUCUGGAUUAGACGUGGGACAGAUGAGUGCAGUAUAGAAAGUAUUGCAGCUGAAUCAAGUCCAGUGUACACAUUCAAUAAUUAGGCUGAAACAACUUGCAGUGUACAUUUUCGAAAAAUUACGCCUGAUCAAGUCCAUUGUACACAUUCAACAAUUUGAUUGUGGCCAGAGUUAAGUGUUGGCAUCAAUACAAUGGAACAAAUGUUUCAGCUGAAUUGUCCAUUUUAUUUUUAAAAUGAUUAAAAUUUUGGGGCAUUUUUUUAAAUUUCUUUAUUUUCUAAAGGUUUUAAUUUUUAAUGUUCCAAAUUUGUUUACAUUUAUACUAAAAAUGUUUUGUAUGGCCCAGCAUCCUUAGUUUUUGUUUUGAUUGGAAGAUGUUUUGUGAGGCCUGACAUCUUUAAAUUGGGUUUUUGAUUGGUUUUGGUGUUUUUUGUUUGUUUUGUCCAACUUUAGUUACCUUGCUUAGGUAAAAAUUAUGGAUUAACCUUACAACUGUUGUGGUAAAUGGUGUAGAUGUAGCAGGAAGAUCACAUUUUUGUUUACAUGCAGGAUGUUUCCUAGUGUACAAGAGUUGGACCAAUAUACUUAUCAAUUUAAUGAUCAUGCCACCCCUUUUGUUUUGUCUUAGCUGUAAUGAAGCUGUGAUGAUGCAAGCAGUUUAUGAGAGGGGCCCAAUCGGUGUUGCGUUUGAGGUGUACGAUGAUUUCUUUAAUUACAAAUCUGGCGUCUACCAUCACAAGCUCUCUGCCGGUCUCAACAAAUUCAAUCCAUUCGAACUGACCAACCAUGCUGUCCUUUUGGUCGGAUGGGGAGUGGAUAAAAGCUCCGGAGAAAAAUACUGGAUUGUGAAAAACAGCUGGGGCACCGGAUGGGGCCAGGAUGGAUAUUUCUGGAUUCGCAGAGGUACUGAUGAAUGCGCCAUUGAAAGCAUAGCUGUCGAGUCCAGUCCAAUAUUUACAAACAACCAGUAAAAAUAAUGUUCCUGGCACUGGUGUUAAAUGGAAUGCUGUGGAUCGUACAAUUUUAUUAUAACAUUCCCGAUGUUAUUUUGUUCAUCAAAAUAAAUCAUUUUAUUUGUACAUCUUGUGUUAUAUGUUUCUAAAAUUGCCUUGCUCUAGGGUAAUUUAAGCCCGCAUGUGCAGCUCUAUUUUCAAAUUUGUUGGCAUUGCUCGUUUCAUGAAGAUGGCCAAUGUCAUUCUAACAUGAAUGGGUUACUUGUAAAAACCUGAUAAAUGCUAAGCUAAUGUGCUGUCUGGUGUUAAUGCUGUUUGAAUAUUAAAUGUUAGAAUUUAGCAGUUACUGAUUGGAUGCAUAUAUUAUUCGCUAUAUACAGUUAUAAAGCUGAGCUUUUUAAAAAGUUUCUUGGACUUAAGCGGCAGAUUGAAGCAACAGAGCAAUUUGUCAACGCUUUUCAGCUGUUCAGCUUUUAGGUGAAGAAUGUGUAUGUGCCAGUGAAACUGUUGAUAUAUAUAUAUUUUUUUUUAUUGUUCUGCAAUCAAAAGAAGUCAAUGUCACUGUGUGAUGUCAUCUAGACUGACAUUUUGUCAUGUUUUAAAUAUGAUUAAAAUGCUUUUAGAUCUCUCUUGUUUUGAAGGUUUAUUUGUUGUACUAAAUAUCAUCAUACUAUGUCAUAUGUUUUAUCAAAAUAUGUUAUUUUCAUUAAACAUCGCUAAUUACGAUGUCAAAACU